AUGGGGCCCGGCUCGCAGAUAUCGAAGGUGGUCCUGUUUCCGUUGAUACAUUGGCUUUGUCUGUUUGCCCCAUUUUGUUUCAGUUGGAAUGCUUUUGGCAUUGCGUAUGGGUUGUACAUCGUCACUGGGUUGGGUAUUACCCUCUCUUAUCAUAGGAAUCUGAGCCACAGAAGUUUCAAACUUCCCAAAUGGCUCGAGUACUUUUUUACCUAUUGCGGUGUUCAUGCUCUUCAGGGAGAUCCAAUUGGUUGGGUGAGUAACCAUAGAUAUCACCAUCAUUAUGUGGAUACUAAAAAUGAUCUUCACAUCCCCAAUAUUGAAGGAUUUUGGUACAGUCACAUAGGUUGGAUAUAUGACACUAAAUCCGCUAAUGAAAGGAGUGAAAGGCCGACAAAUAUAGCUGAUUUGGAGAAUCAAUUCUUCUACAAGUUCAUUCAUAAUACCUAUAUUAUUAAUCCUAUUAUACUUGCGACAUUGCUAUAUGCCGUAGGCGGAUUUUCAUAA